GAUGGCGCUGCUGUACAAACCUGAACUGGGAACUACUAAGAAACAGUAUUUUCACUGCUGCAGUUUCCCCACCGCUAAACAGCAACAACCACAGCAGUUUUUUCUGAUUUAUUGAAAUCCACUACACACAUCAGACUUGUGUUGUUUGACAUGGACAGUAGCGACGAGGAGGUGGAGGAGGAUGAAACCGAGUGGAAGAGCAGUUUCGUGGACCCAGCACCGCUCAGCCCCGCUGCUGCUCCUGGUCCAAGCCUUCAUAAGACAUCAGGACCAACACCUGCACACAAAGUCAUCUUGCAUUUAGACCUGGAUUGCUUCUAUGCUCAGGUGGAAAUGAUCAGAAACCCAACACUUAGGGACGUCCCUUUAGGUAUUCAGCAGAAAAACAUCAUAGUCACCUGUAAUUAUGUGGCAAGACAACAGGGUCUUACCAAACUGAUGUUUGUGACUGAUGCUAUGGAGAAAUGUCCUCAGCUGGUGCUGGUUAAAGGAGAAGACCUGACACACUACAGAGAAAUGUCCUAUAAAGUGACAGAGCUCCUGAUGUCCUACUGUCCACUGGUAGAGAGGCUUGGAUUUGAUGAAAACUUCAUGGACAUCACAGAGCUGGUAGACAGAAGGCUAGCACAGACACCAGACUCCAACAACUUUUCAUUUAAAGGACAUGUCUACAAUCAUUUAUGUGCAGAUGUUAAAGCCAAUGAGUACCCGAGGCUGGCUUUAGGUUCGCACAUCGCAGCAGAGGUGAGAGAAGCCAUCCACAGCAAACUGGGCCUGACCGGCUGUGCCGGCAUUGCCACAAAUAAGCUAUUGGCCAAACUGGUGUCUGGCACCUUCAAACCUAAUCAGCAAACCACCCUGCUGCCGGAGAACCUGAGCGACAUCAUAGGCUGCCUGAGCAGUCUCCGCAAAGUACCAGGGGUGGGUCACCAAACUGCUAAGAGACUUCAAGCUCUGGGAGUGGUCAGCAUCCAAGACCUACAGCUCUUCCCACUGAAUGAGUUGGUGAGAGAGUUUGGAAGUCCCAGUGCUCAGCGCUUAAAGAAUCUGGCUGCUGGCGUUGAUGACUCACCUGUCACUCCUACCGGGGCCCCUCAGUCUCUCAGUGAUGAAGACUCCUUCAAAAAAAUGUCAUCAACUAAAGAUGUUUUGGAGAAGAUUCAAGAACUCUUGAGCAGUCUGGUUGAAAGGAUGAACAAAGACGGCAGGCAGCCUCAAACCUUCCGGCUCACCAUCCGUAGAUACUCAGCGACCAACAAGUGGUUCAGUCGGGAGAGUCGUCAGUGUCCUAUCCCCAACCACAUCGGACAGAAGAUCACCUCUGGCAGCAGUGAUGAUGCGGUGGUCCAGCUGGUCCCGUUAGCCAUGAAGCUCUUCCAGAAGAUGGUGGACAGCAACACCACCUUCCACCUCACCCUCAUCAAUGUUUGCUUCAGUAACCUGCAGACCAGGGGAGCUGCCAUCAGCGGAAAGGGCUCCAUAACAUCUUUCUUCACACAUAGCGCAACGUCUCCCAGAAAAACACAAGUCUGCUCAUCAUCACAGAGUCAGGAUGAUUCCUCUCACAUCACCUCACAAAAGACAGUAACCACAAAAAGCCCCCAGAGCUCCGAGGCAGCCUUACAUGGGUUCAAAUGGAAACAGAGCUCUGUUGUUGCUGUAGAAGACCCUCUGCUUCAGACAGCGGACUGCAGCACAGCAAGGUCAGACCCUGAUGAAACAAACAAUGCUGUGACUCAUCAGUUACCCCCAAAUGUUGACCCAGAAGUGUUCAAGCUUCUCCCAGAGGACAUCCAGAAGGAGCUGUUGUCCCCUGCCUAUGUAAACUCCCUUCCCAGCACCUCUACCAGUCCAUCAGCACCAGCUGUAGUCCCUGAUGUCCCUCACAUGACAAAAAACAAAUCACCACACUCAUUUACAAGCUCCAAAAAUAUUGAAGACUUUAAAGAGGCCUUAAACAAAUCGGAUCUAUCUGACAGAGAGACCACCGUGGAUCACCACAGACCUGCGGGCACAAUUAUGUUUCCAGGAGAGAACGUCAUGGAAGACGGGAGACCGUCCUUCCCCCUGUCUUCUGACUGCGAGUUCCCAGGAAAUGUGGACCCCGAGGUGUUUUCUGAGCUUCCGCCGGAUGUUCAGAGAGAGUUGAUGUCUGAAUGGAAGCAACAGAAGCCGGUCUUGAAGAUCCCCUCAUCCAGGAAACCAGGGAGAAGCUUGACGACAAAAGACAGAAAGGCUGCAGGAAAAGGCAGCCAGGCAAACAGUCUGUUGAAGUAUUUCAAACCCAGUUAGAGAGGGAUACUCACAAGUUACCCCUCCCAAUGAGAAGCAGGAUUACUUUGCUGAGCCUCUAUAAGUGAGGCCCGUUCCUUUCGUUGGCUGGAUGAUUUCCACAGAAAUCCACAGAAGCACACGUUAUUUGUCAACAGGGGACACAAUCCAGUUUUCAAAGAGCCCUUUUUUUCCCUCAUGAGAAAUACCAGAAAACACAAGGUCUGUAAGCACAGCCCCACUUGGGUCUUGCUGGCAUGAAACUCCUCCCUGGAUCACAUGUGAGAAGGGGGAAAGGUUCAGGAUCUACUAUGCCAUCACAUCAUGAUAGCGAUUUUUUUAUUUAAUCAGGACGUGCUGAGCAACCUCUGAAUGGACGUUAGCACUUGCUGCAGAUACACUGGUAAGGAACUCCAUUUUUUUUUUUUUUUUUGUUAUUUAAAGUAACUGUUGCACUGUUUGUGUCAUGUUUACGUAGGAAAACUUCACUGUGCUGUUUUGAAUCUGGGGGGUAUUUCACUAUUUAACAGCUUGUUAGUGUUUUUCCUCAUGGAGAUGUGUUUUGUCAGAUAACCAGAAAACACUGCUGUAGGUUAGAGGGUUGAUUACUCAGCUUCUCUCCUCACUCUGCUGAUUGCAAAGAAUCCAAUACCAUUAAUUGUGCACAUGGGAAAUGACUCCAGAUUUUGUGGUGGUGUCCCAUAUCCUGUCACUGCUGUUGUUGCAUGACAGUGAAUAAUUCCUUAAUGCACUCAUACACCCUAAAAUUAUUCCAUCAAGUAUAAUUUUUUUACAGAACAAAAAUAAGAUAAAUGCUACUCUUCAGGAUUAUUUGUGCCCAUGGGGGCUCUUAACGAUGUCUUGCACAACUAAAUCUGAUUUUCCAUGCUGCUUUUAUUGGCCUGCCAAGUGUAACCAAAGCAUUGCAGUGACCUGGGUGGCGUCAUGCAGUGUUGAGCUGUCUGCCCAUAGUCCUAUAAGUCAAUAAAAGGAGUUCUGUCUGCCAAA